CAAUCAACUUCUUCUUUGAAAAAAGCCGCCAUCUUGACUAUUCCACUGUGAAUUUCAAUGGAAACACUGGAAGUUAUUUCUUAAUUUCAAAGAUUAUCAACAUAUUCUGUCUAACUUGAAGGUUGCUGUGGCGGACAGAUUACAUUCAACUAGCCAUGGCAACCCCGUCUGGUGGUAAAUUUCGCCCAAAACGUUCUCACUACUCGCGUAAACCAUACGAACGUCCAAAACCGAAGUCUCUUUUAGCUCGCGUUUCUGACUCGGUCAAAGACUUCAUCACACCGUCAUGGCUAAACAAUCUGUGGAACAAUCCCAAUGAUGACGAUGGAGAGGGUAGCUCGCGAUCCUCGACCCCAGAGCUACCCCAGCCUGAUGGGCAUGUGGCAGGCACCCCCAACUUCAUGCCUUCUGCAGUUGCAACGAGCACCCCAGACAUCAAUCUGCGGACCGGUAAAGAGGCCCUGAGCAUGCCUGGGCCUUCCAGGAUGGAGACCACACCCAUAGUGCAAUUGCGAGAGGAUGUUGUGCGGGAUGGAGGAGGUAGAAACGUUGGGAAUGAGGAUGAUGAUGUGGUGAUCAUUGAGGAGGAACAGCCGAGUACCAGUACGGGGGUCAGACACACACCUCUGCCCUUCAGGAACUAUGCUAACCCUAUAGGAACAUCAACUCCUAAUGAAGACAUGCAGUUGUUGGGUGGAAGGAAGCAAGUCAUUGAUAAAGACGAUGCCUCUGAUACGUCCGUCUCAACCAGCGGCUGUUCGUCUCUCGUACCCCAUGUAGAUAGAAUUGAUCACAGAGAGAAGUUAUCCAAGAAGAAUCUAGAUCGGUUAUCAGAAAUGGGGCAUUCCAACUCUCUUGCCAAGAGCAGCCUUUGGACAGACCUGUCUAGCGCAGGGCCCUCUAGUGCUGGUGCUGCUGGCUUAUCGGCAUCAAGACCACAGCCAUCUGUUAGCAGUGCCAAGAGACCAGCCUUCAAUAGCUCGUACUUUGGCUCGCCCAAAGUGGUUGGAGAGCCAAGACCAAAGCAUGCCUCUCCGUUCUAUCCCGGGAGGACUCAGUUUGGAGGGUCAUCAGCACAGCGUAGUGCCCUGAAGAGACCCAGGGAUUCCCCUUAUGAGGUGCACCUGCCGGUCAAGAGGAACAUCCGGCCCAAGCCAGCCCAGCUGAACCUCCAGGAUGGCCUGGGAGCAACCAGCUCUACGGCCAAGAAGAUCCUGGAUACCCUAGAGAGGAUGUCCACACCGCUCCUGGACGUCAAGAGGAUCCCUCUCUCACCUACCGCUUCACCUUACUCCUUCAGGCCGACAAGUCGACUCACCGGCAGCCGACCUGGGACCUCCAGAAUGAACACUCCUCCAACAUCAGGUCUGCGUAUCGCUCAUCAGGCAAGCAUCAAACAAAACAGACAACCUCCUGUUUCCACCGUCACCACAGUGAUUGAUCUGGACAGGGAGGAGAGGGUGACAGCGCCAUCUAGUGCUGAGGUCUUACCAACAAGUACAGCUGCGCCAACAAUAGUUACAGCGCCCUCGUUCCGAUACGGAGCACCCAUCACCUCUUCGACUCCGGCUGAAGGUCCGGUAGGCAGAGAGAAGACUGGUGGCAAGAUGAAAUCAAAGAGUAGGCAUACAAUGCAUUACUCAGCUCAGAAGGCUGACGAAGAAUGUGAGAUUCCAGAUUUACCUGAGUUAGCACUUCCCUUACCCAAGGGCCUCCCAACAUUCAGCUUCGGAUCAUUGACGUCGUCGUCAUCGAUCUCCAAACCCUCGUCAUCAUCCACUGCUGCCUCAACAAUGGGCAUUGGCCUUCUUAGUAGUAGUAGUAGUACCAGCAGUACAAGUAGAAGCAGCAGCAUUAAACCGAGCCCAGCCCAGUCGUCAUCUACAGUGCCAUCGUUCAAGUUUGCCUCUCCGGCAUCAUCACCAGAAGGUCCUCAGUUCACGUUUGCUUCACCCAUUAUGAAGCAGACCGGCACCGGUGGUUCCACUUCGUCCUCAAUUAAUAGUUCUUCCACUGUGACCACCUUCAAAUUCAGCAUGCCACGCCAGACCCCCUACUCAACGUCCAGACCCUCCAGCAGCGCCCCCCUAGGGGGAGGUAAGAAGCCCAGUUUCGAGACCCCCGAGAGGACCAGGAGGAAAGGAGACGAUGACGAAGACGUUGUCCAGGUUGAAGAUGACGAUGAGGAGGAGGAAGAGGAGGGUGGCAUCAAAGUGGCGAAGGAACUCAAGACAGGAAGCUGUCUAGAAGCCUUUGGUAUCCGACCAACCAAGAAUGGUCCCAUUCCUUCAUCGAGUUCAAAAGUGCAAGAACAUCUAGUCAAGGCAUCCAAAACAAAUAUGGACAAUGGUCCCUUGACAGGAGGUCUUAGUCACAAACCUGGUGCAAGCAAUCUUCAAAACGACACCUCUAAGACAUCAAACUCAAUCUUUAACAAAUUCAAACCACCUGCAUCAUCACAAAACAAUGAAGAUGUCAGUAAAUGCGUGGCGUGUACGACGCCAAAGCCCGGACAGAGUGCCACGAAACCAGCAACGUCGACCGCCCCUGUUGGAGCUCAGUCUAACUCUCUCUUUAACAAAUUGAAGCCAGCUGCAAAUUCUUGGGAGUGUGAUGCAUGCUGGGUACAGAACAGUGGAGAUGCUAGUAAGUGCGUGGCGUGUACGGCGCCCAAGCCGGGACAAAGCGCCUCCAAACCUGCAGCUUCGUCGAUAUCAGACUCCAAACCGCCCCCGGUCUUCAAUAGCCUGGCAGAUAAAUUCAAGAAAAAGUCUGAUGAGUGGGAGUGCGAUAUGUGCAUGAUCCGAAAUAAAGACAGUCUGGACAAGUGUGCGUCCUGUACAACUCCAAGGCCGGGCAAGUCAAAGGCAACAAAGACGCUACCGAAUGAUCAUGGAGUGAACAAUGUGAUAGCGGAGAAGUUCAAAGCGCGUGCCGGCGAGUGGGAGUGUGAUAUGUGCAUGAUCAGGAAUAAAGCAACGAUACUCAAGUGUGUAGCGUGUGAGACGCCUAAGCCAGGGAGCCAACCGACCUUGAGCGCACCUCCUGCUUCAUCAUUCAAGUUUGGAAGUACCCCCAUGAGCAAUGGAGAUGCAACCGGUGCCUUUAAGUUUGGUAAUUCCACAACCUCAGACUCGUUGAACUCAAACUCAAAUGCCAGCGGUGGCGGUUUCAAACUUCCUGCUGGUAUGAGUCUAGGGCAGAGUCUAAAGCCCGCCAGCACAGACAGUAACAGUAUAACAACUCCUUCUGCUGGGGUUGGCUUUAAGCUACCACCCAACUUUUCUUUGUCCAAACUGUCCAAAUCAAGUAGCAACUCGUCAACAACAGAGACAUCAGCUCCGUCGGAAGCCAAAGGCGUAGAAUCGUCCGUGUUAAGCCAAGCUAAAACGGAGCAAAAGCUUGAAGUCAAAGUGCCCAAGGGAAUGAGUUUUGGAGCCAGUUCGUCCGAGUCAAAUACCACAAGCAGUGGUUUCAAGGCACCCAGUGGAGGAUUCAAGUUUGGACAGAACGAUGCUAGCUCAAAGUCAAAUAGUUCAGGUAGUAUAGGGGGUGGAUUCAAAUUUGGACAAAGCCCUGCCACUGUGGGACAGACACAACUGGACAAAGAAGGGCCUCCCCCAAAUGUGAACAUUUUCCAAUCAAAUGUGACAAAGGGAGACGGUCCAUCAGCGAAGAAAGCAUUCAGUUUUGGUGCUGCCGCACCCACUAGUGGGGGAACCAGUGAGAAAAAGACUGAUGGUGCAGCAGCAGGACCAGGACUCUCGUUUGGCAGCAGUUCCUCAACCAAAGAAACAACCUUGAACGCUGAACCCCCUGCAUUUCAGUUUGGAGCUGGUGCAGCGGCCUUUGGUGGUGCAAAGACAACAGACUCUACGGAUAAACCACCGGAAAGUAAACCUGCAUUUAGCUUUGGAAGCACUGCAACAUCAAUUGCAAACUCCUCGGCACCUACCAGCUCUUCCACAACACCCAGUUUCAACUUCGGCAGCAGCAGUGCCAGUAAGCCUGAUUCUGCGAAAGCAUUGAAUACAGACAGUAAGCCAGGCUUCUCAUUUGGUAGUUCGGCCCCUUCCCAAGUCGCUGGAUCUGGCCUUUCGUUUGGAGCCAAACCCCAAGAGCCUGCUGCCACAUCCGCAAACGCCUUCACAUUUGGACAAACUCCUGUAGCACCGGAGAAAGCAGCUACAGCAGCAGCACCAGCAUCUUUCAACUUUGGUGCUGCACCAGCACCAGCAAAGACCAAGGAGGAACCGGCUAAAGGGUUUACGUUCGGAAGUCAGAACCCGAAUAGUAAUCAAGGUGGAUCGGGAUUCAGCUUUGGAACUCCAGCUGCUUCAUCAGCAGCCCCAGCUCAGACAACGACGGCGCCAUCUUUUAACUUCGGAAACGCUAACAAGGCACCAGCAGCGCCUUCUACAGGAGGGUACAACUUUGGAGCUACACCAAAUUCAAACGCUCAGUUUACAGGGUCAUCAACAACAAGUGGAUUUGGAGGAUUCGGUAGCAACAGGAGUAGCACCAACCCCUCUCCAGCAUUCGGUGCCCCGCCUGCCGCCUCCCAACCCCCCUCAAGCUUCUCGUUCGGCUCCACAGCCCCCACGACAGGCGCCAACACCAACCCCUUUGGUGGUAGCAGCACCCCCUCGGUCAAUGCCACACCCUUCGGUGGACAACCCACCAACCCCACCUUUGGAUCGGCCACCACCCAGCCACAGGGGUUCGGAGCAGCCACGCCCACCCAGGGGUCGGUGUUUGGUGGUAGCAGUACCAACGCAACCAGCAACAGCACCUUUGGGAGUGGAAUGGGCGGUACCACCACAGGUGCCCCGGCCUUUGGCGCCUCCACCACCAAUGCAACGCCAGGGUUUGGCAACAAACCAGCUCCAGCCUUUGGGAGUGCACCUGCUAAUGCCACACCAGGUGGUUUCGGGUUUGGCAAGACGGCACCCUCCUUCAGCUUCGGUGCGACCAACAACGCUACCCCAGCUGCACCGGCCCCAGGAGGCUUCCAGUUCACCGGCAACCAGCCCAACCAGGCUCAUCAGGUUGCCCCAGCGGCAACGCCUCAACAAGCUGGUGGCUUCAACUUUGCCGGAGCUGGGCAACCGUCCUUCAACUUUGGGGCGAGUGCUGCUCCGCAGGCUGGUGCUACAGCGUUUCAGUUCCAAGGGUCCGCUGGAGCCAUUGAUAGCAACCCAUUCAGUGCUUCCGCGACACCAGGUGCUCCUCAGUCCGGUCGGAAAAUCAAGAAGGCAGUUCGUCGGCAUGUCAAGAGAUGAGAAAUAUUGUUGAAAACAGAGCUUGAUCAAUUCCCUUUUCUGUACUCCCUCCCUCUCAUCUUCCUCUCUCUCUCUCUCUCUCUCUCUCUCCCUCUCUCUCUCUCCAUCUCUCCCUUUCAUAUCAAACUCAUUGCGAUGCCUCUAAAAGCAGCCCUCUGUGACCGAAAUCUCACUUUUCAUUGAGUCUCGGUGAAUGUUCAAAAUCUGUAAAGAAAUGUUUUCGACGUUUUCAUGUUGCAUUCCAAUUUCAAGUAGCCCAAAUGCAUUACCAUGUUACUGUAUUCAAUUACCAAUGCUGAAAUGGUCUGGCUUCAAAAAAGCCCUGGAGAAUCUACCUGUUCUGUGAAGAAAUUUAACGCCUAGUAUUGCUAUUUAUAACAAUCCAUUUAAAAAACGUACUUUCUUAUGAUACGCAACUCUGUGGGUCUUUGUUGCUUCAAGAUAAAGUAUGGUACUGGGCCCUGUCGUGUAAAGAGUUACGAUAGAUCCAAUUUCAAUCGCAAGUCCUCUUAUCAAUCGCCAGUUUGCAGUCCCCUAUCUCUUAUGCAAAUAUGUCGCGAUAAAUGUCAACUCUUUAUAAGACGAUGCCCAGGUCAUGCUGUUAUGUGAUAAAAACUGUAAGAAAGGAAUUGGGAAAGGUUCUUUGUGUAGCACAUGUACAUAAACUUUGUUAGUAGACUGUGAGGUUUUCGAAACAUGAAAAUGGAAAGAAACUGGCACAGUCUUCCUGAACGUUACAAGCACUGCACACAGAUAUUGGUUUAUGGGACUGCUACACACAUGUGGCAUGUAAGUUUGGUCCUAAAAAUUCAAAUUCAGCCAUUUCUGACUACUGCUAUACUUACACCCUCCUUGCACUGAAUUACAGAGAAAAGAUGCAUCUGAACAUCACACUCUUAUUAAAAUGAAGACCAUGCAAGUUGGUUGUAUGAAAAGAAUUGUGAUUUGUUGUUAUCCCAAAGUAAUGUUCGGAUUAUAGGAAUUUGUUAUUUAUUCAAAACCUAUUACCUGGUAGACCAAUGUACAAAUUUGUUAUGGAAAAAUAUGUAUUAUGUAUUCCGGUAGCUGGAAAUCUUACAUUUUACCAAAACAAUUGGGCAUUAUACCUUUUAAUUUAUCCAUUAUCUCAAUAUAACUUCUAUAUGCAAGAAAAUGUAAGAUUGCAUAGUUCUACCUGCCAAUUGAAUAUUACAGAGGAUUGGAUAGGAGGUAUAACCGAUGGGAUAUGUUCCCAAGUGCAUGACAAUUGGCUGUUUUGAAUUAUUGUAUCUGUGUAACAGAACAUUUACAAAUAGGCAUGGCUUUAUGAUAACAAAGUUAUGUGAAGAAUAGAUGUAAUGCAUCAGGCCGUAUAUUGCCAUGUAAAAACUACCAUUUGAUUAUUAUUAUUCUUAGGAUUAUUAUGUCACUUUCUGGGCUAAUUGAGUACAAACCAACUUCAUUACAGCAAAAAGGGCAUGGCUAAAUUAGAGGGGCAGGCAUUGCGGGCAGCAAGUAGGACAUCCUAGCAAGAUGCUUGAUCAUUUGGUUUAUGAUUGUGACAAAUGAGCAGUGAGGGAGGUGUUGGAAUGAGUUACAAUUUGAGGAAGAUCUAGCAAUUGUGUUGUAAAUAUUAUAUCAUCUGAACAUGUGAUUGUAAAUUUCUUGAUUAGUAGUGGAGCCAUUUUGAGUAGUAUGACAAGAGUUUGCCAAAUGUUUGUAUAGAGCAUCUGUUAGUACUGUGUAGACUUUUUUUUUUUUUAAUUAUUAUUAUUUUGUUUUAUUAUUGAUUUUGUGUCUCUUUUUUUGGUUGGUACACUAUAUUUUAUUUGUUUUUGUUUUAAUCAGUGGACUUUGGAGGGACACUUAGAGUAGGAUAAGAUGGCGUAUGUGCAAAGAUUUGCUAAGUUGACCUGGAAUGAGAAUGUACUUGUGUUUCGCUUCUCUCACAUCAACCAUUUUCACCAUCACUAUUUUUUUCACUUGUAAUCUGUUUGAUUAAUUUGUGUAUCAUAAUUUGUCCUUGUGCAUGGCACUUAAUCAUUGAGCAAGGUAUUUCAAUCUACAUUGCUCCUCUCUACCCAGCUGGUAAAUGGGUCCCCAGAAAAUUGCAAACGUUGUGGUGUUUGGAUGUAAUGUGCAAGAUCGCAAAUGAAUCCAGUGACUGCUGUGUAACUGGACAUGAAACAGAUAUUCCCCCGGCCCACUUUUGCAAUGGUAACAAAAGAUGGAACAGGAGAUCUGAAGCCCGAGCCCUUUUCCAUUCAUUUUAUAUGUUUAUAUUUCUCAAUUAGGUGCUUCAUACCCAAUGUUAAACAGCUAUGCAUGUGUUUUAAUGUGAUCGAGGCUAUUUAAAUUGAACAAAAAGGAUAAAGCAAUGUCUGAUUAAUAUCCUAGCUACUCUUUCUUGUCUCCAAGGGCAGUAAUAGAACACUUCAAAUGUUGUGUUUGAUGACCUUCGACCUUUUCAAAUGCACCAACCACCAUUCAUUGCGUAAUUCUUCCCUGUAAAUUUGUGUUGCGCUUGAAAAUAUCUUCUUUUCAUGAAACCUCUAUUGAAAUGCCAUCAUAAUACCCUGCUUACAAUGCAAUUGAAUGCAUAUGCCCUUUGCUAUGCAUAUGUCCUUUUUACCUGCAUGUACGGUUAGGUUUUGUUUUUUCAUGUUUGUAAUGUUCCAUCUUCUCCAUUUAUUUGACUUUUUUCCCCCAUUUUGGGUCACUGGGUUACUGACUACGAGUACAUGUAGUUAACUGUACACAAACUUUCUCUAGCUGUUUUCCUUUCUGUUUUUAAGUAUCAUUUGAAGCAAAGGUACACAAAUCAGAACCAUUUCAUUCUUGAUAUUUAUAUAGUUUAUUUUCUUUCAAAAUUAUCCUUUUCAUAUGGUCACUACUUAUUUUAUGUCUUCAGAGUAUCAAGUUGUAGAUGACGUACUGUAAGUUGACGAAGCACUUUUGUUAUAUAUAUAUGUAUGUUGAGCAAGCAUCUUUAUAUAACACACACUGAUUGAGGUGUGUUGUGAAUAAGUGCACUAACUUUGAAAAACGUUGAUUAUGUCACAAAAAACGCAAGUCUCCAAUAGUGGAAACACGCUUGUCGCUCUGAUACUCUGAUGUUGUAUGUCAUUUCAUGUUAUGUUAACACAGAUACCAGGAUUAUGGAGUAAAACUAUUGACCUACCAGUGUGUGCAUAGUACACAGGCCUAUAUAGACCAGGCCUGAACUUUGAACUUUGACAUUCAAGUGUGAGAAAGUCACGCAUUUCAUCAUUUCUUUGUUUAUCUUAUGAUGCAGCAAAAGUGACUUUUUCUCACUUAAAUGUCCAUUUUGUUCACAAACUCACAUUUCUUUUGUCUUGAUUAUGAUCUGAUAACGUUUAUUUGUGAUUGUAAUCUGUUCCACAGGGAACAGAUUAUUUAAGCCAAGGAAGGAAAGAGGUGAUAAUGUUAAGGAAAUUAUUUUUAAUAUCUUUUUUUUUUUUCUUUGGAUAGGCAAAAAUCAAAAUAGUUAUCAUUUAAGAAAGCUUAAAGAAAGCCGUGAAAGAAAAAAGAAAUCAAGCCAGCUAAAUUAUUUUUGUAUUAAAAUGUCUGAUGAAUGCUUGGAAAAGCCUAAAACAAUUUGAUUAUUCAUAUGAAUGAGAAAAGAAAUGUACCUGUACAUAAAUUUAUAUAUAUCUAGUGUCUAUGUAUCGGCACGCCUGUAAAUAGCGCACUCUACUGUUACUUUUGAGCCAUUUCGAAUUUUAUUGAAGGUAUAAUCACUUCUAUAAUGUACUUAUAAUUUUUUGGUUACAUUUUUUGAGAGAGAUGACAAUUAUGAAAAUGUGUGAGAGCUGUAUAUCAGGGUAUGCAAGUGAAAAUAUAUGAGAGAGAGAUACAAGAACCUUAAAAAUUGUCUAGAAAAAUAUUUGCUAUUGUGUAUUGAUAUGCAAACGAAAUUGUAACUCUACUCUACACGAACUUGAUGUGUGUCUAUGAAUUUCUACUUUCAACAGAAUUAGAAAUGGUUCAAAACAAUUGAUUCAGUUGUAUUAAAUUGUGUAAUUAACGUGUAUGAUUGACCAGUAAUGAAUGAAGAAAAAAAAUGAUUUUUAAUUUUUCCAUGGAAUGUAAUGUAUAUUUGUACCGGCUGCACCAAACGUUACGUCUUCUGAGAGAUAUGUUUUCUUUAUUACAGUUUAUAAGUACUCGGAAUUGCGAAGAUUGUGGACAAAUUUAAAAGAAAUUAUCUAUAUUAUAAGAGACAUGAAAUUAAUCUCUUGAAUGCGUGUAGUAUGCGUUUGACAUUGAGGAUGAUUGUCUAGUUUACUGAAUUCAAAGUGUGGACUUCUAUGAAUGUUAUGAUCUAGUGUACGCGUGCGUGCGAAAAAUAGUAAGAAUUUAUUUCCUUAUACAUUGCGUGAAUGUGAUCUCUCAGAAGACGAAAUUUGGUGCAGAACAUGAACAUUUGCAUAAAAGAAAAAGAUUUAAUUUUUUGUGUUUGAAUCUGUCUGGGACAUUCAUUGGAUCGUUGAUAAAUAAAAAAAGAACUGGGAGAAAGCCAGCGUCAGUGAUAAAUAAAAGAUCAUUUAUGUUCACAUAUACGACAAACGAAA